GCACUGGGGGCGACGGCGGGCGGUGUCUGAGGAGCGCCCUGCGCACUCCUCCCCCUGGGGCCGAACGAAAGGGGCGUCGCCGCCGCUGCCGCCAUGGCCGGUUGUUGUCAGUCCCUGGCAGUGGGUUAUGGCGACGGCGGUGAAUGAAUUCUCCGGGCGGCCGAGGGAAAAAGAAGGGCUCAGCCGGCUCCAGCUCCGCGCCUCUAGCCGCCGGGCCCUCGCCCUCGUCGCCGCCCGGGCCGGCGCCCCCCGUGCCGCCGGCGGGGGCGGCGGCGGCAGCGGCGUCCCCCCACAAGCGGAACCUGUACUACUUCUCGUACCCGCUCUUCGCCGCUUUCGCCCUGCUCCGCUUCGUCGCCUUCCAGCUCGGGCUGCUCUUCGCCUGGCUCUGCGAGCGCUUCUCCUGCGGCGCCCUCAUGGCCGCCAAGGGCAGUAGGGCCGGAGCCAGCGACGCGCCGGAGCCCGGCGGGGCGCCCGAGACGGUGCGGGCCUGCCACAAGCGGGCCUUUGAGUGUAUUUCCAUGGCGCUGCGCAUCGACGAGGAUGAGAGAGGACAAAAGGAACAAGCUGUUGAAUGGUAUAAGAAGGGAAUUGAAGAACUGGAAAAAGGAAUAGCUGUCUUAGUAAUUGGUCAAGGUGAUCAGUGUGAACGAGCUCGACGUCUGCAAUGUAAAAUGAGGACAAAUUUGGCAAUGGCCAAGGAUCGCUUGCAGCUCUUAGAGAAGCUGCAGGCAGUUUUGCAAAUUUCCAAGCCGCAAAUGGAGGUCUAUAAUGACAGUACUAACCUGGCAUGCCGCAAUGGACAUCUCCAGUCAGAAAGUGGAGCAGUUCCAAAAAAGAAGGAUCCCUUAACACACACAAGUAAUUCCCUUCCUCGUUCAAAAACUGUUGCAAAAACCGGAUCCACAGGCCUUUCAGGUCACCAUAGAACACCUAGCUACAGUGGGAUAUCAUCAUCUUCUGUCUCUAGACCAGCACCUAACCCUGCAGCUUCAGCUCACAAGGUUGCUCCUAAAAACAGUAGAACAAAUAAGCCUUCUACUCCUACCACUGCUCCUCGAAAAAAGAAAGACUUGAAGAUAUUUAGAAAUGUGGACAGUAAUCUUGCUAAUCUUAUCCUGAAUGAAAUUGUUGAUAGUGGGCCAGCUGUCAAAUUUGAAGAUAUUGCAGGGCAGGAACUGGCUAAACAAGCUUUGCAAGAGAUUGUUAUCCUUCCUUCUCUUAGACCUGAGUUAUUUACAGGACUCAGAGCUCCUGCACGUGGUUUAUUGCUGUUUGGCCCACCAGGAAAUGGGAAGACAAUGUUGGCCAAAGCAGUUGCUGCAGAAUCCAAUGCUACUUUCUUUAACAUAAGUGCAGCAAGCCUCACUUCAAAAUACGUGGGUGAAGGGGAGAAACUGGUGCGUGCUCUAUUUGCAGUAGCCAGAGAACUUCAGCCCUCUAUAAUAUUUAUUGAUGAAGUGGAUAGUCUUUUGUGUGAAAGACGAGAAGGUGAACAUGAUGCUAGUAGGCGUCUAAAAACAGAAUUUCUAAUAGAAUUUGAUGGUGUGCAGUCUUCUGGAGAGGACAGAAUACUUGUGAUGGGAGCAACAAACAGGCCACAAGAGCUUGAUGAUGCUGUUCUCAGACGAUUCACCAAACGGGUAUAUGUGUCUUUACCAAAUGAGGAAACAAGAUUGAUUUUGCUAAAAAAUCUUCUAAGCAAGCAAGGAAGUCCAUUGACCCAAAAAGAGUUGGCACAACUAGCUAGAAUGACAGAUGGAUACUCUGGAAGUGAUUUAACUGCAUUAGCAAAGGAUGCAGCGCUGGGCCCUAUUCGAGAACUAAAACCGGAACAGGUGAAGAACAUGUCUGCCAGUGAGAUGAGGAAUAUCAAGCUAUCAGAUUUCACUGAGUCUUUGAAGAAGAUAAAGCGCAGUUUGAGCCCUCAGACCCUGGAAGCAUAUAUUCGCUGGAACAAGGACUUUGGAGAUACCACAGUGUGAAACCCUACUUGAAGUGAAACAAAGUGCUGCCCAAGGAGCAAUUGCUACAGACUAUAGGAAGGCAGCCAGAGUUUACAGGACUUUACAGAUCUUUAAGUAUCUGCAUUAAAACUUGAGAUUAAGAAAAAAAUUAUACAAUGUGAAAUGUGAAAUGUUAAGCCUCCUUGCCAUUUAGUGAGGAUUUACACACUGUCAGUAAGAGCACAAUAGGAUGUGAGAUAAGGUUCCUAGCAAUCCAGUUAUGAUUUCAACAAUAAUAUGUAUUUUGUUUCAACUAGAAGGCACUGAUGAUAUUGAUUAUUGGCAGACCUUUUCCUUAUGUUGUGUUUGUGUGUGUUUGUUUUUAAUUUUGCCAUGACAUCUGAGUCUGGCUUUCUUCCUUCUAACUACUAACUUACAAUUGGAGGUUUGUAAACUUUGGUUCGGUUUUUGACUUUUUUUUUUAUCCUUAAUGUGCCAAAUAAACCAAUUUCCCUUUGCAGAAAGGAAGAACAGCACUGGGGAAUUAUGAUUAUUAAAAUGUAAAAAGCAGCUGGUCUGUUAUUAUUUGUCUUUUUAUUUAGUUGGCAUGUGGCUGUAUUGUUCACAGAAUAGUUUUGAAGAAGACCUGUGAUAGCAGAACAGCAAAAAAACCAACCCUAUCAAACCAAUUCAGCCUCUUUUAAAAAAAUAAUUACUAAAUAAAAAAAAGACUAAGACAUUCAUUUACUGGCAGUAUUUUCUCUUAAUGCAUUUUGUAAUGCUUCCACUGGUAGAAUGUUAGCUUUUGCUUACAGUGUACAACUUGAAGCCCAGCUGAUGUCUGAGAGUAAGUGAUGCUAAUUGUCAAGUUUCGGAAAUGACGUGUUUCUACUCUGUAUUUUGGUCUGUUUAUGAUAAUUGAAAGUAAAAUUUCCAUUGUGAUAAUUUUUUUAAUCUCCACAUGUAAGCAUUAAAGUAUGAGGCUACAUGUUUAAUACUUGGCACACAUUAAUGUUUUUAUAGCUUUCCUAUGUUUUGGUUUAUAUAUUAAAGUAUGAAACACUCAACUGAUCUGCUUUUUUAAAAAGAAACUGAAUCUUUGUACAAAUACUUGUUUUUAUUAUAUAAAUGACAAGCUAUUAAAAAACAAUAGCCUUUAAAUACUGUAAUAAAGGAAGACAUCUUUGCCUUUAUUCUAAAGGCCUGACAACUUGUUUACAAAUUCUACAUGGAUUGAACACGGAUGUUGGCGGGGCAGAACACCAGUUCCUUGUUAGAACCGGUCUGUGGGGUUUUGUUGCGUUUACUUUAUUAACUUUUUUUAAAGACAGCAAACUCUCCCAACAUAGUGAUAUUACAGAAAUGCAUAUUGUUUAGAGUUUUAACUAAACUGAGUUACAAGCUUUGUUUGCUUUUGUUCUUAACAGAAAAUUUUGUCUUAAUUAAUCGUUUAACUUAUUUUUUAUUGGUAAGUCAAAUGCUUCUGGGACUACUCACCUGAAAGUUGACUAUAAAUAAUAUAUUAUAUAUAUAUAUGAAAGCAUAUCCCUGGCUGAUAGAUGCAGUGUAAGUGUAGUAAUACCUAGAGAGGACUCUGCUCAUGCCUAGUAUUGAGUAUUAAAUAGCAGAAACUGUUGAACUUUUGAGAUACACAGAUGGAAAGUUUGGGAUUCUGUUCUUUUGAACCAGAGGUGCUUUUGACUGAUCCUAAGAUUAAAAGCUAUUAAAUAAGAUGGUGUUACUCUAGUAUGCCUUUUGAAAUAGUCUAACCAAACCCAUUCUAGCCUUCUAAGCAUAUGACUCUCUCAAAUGUAUGUCUUACAUAAAUGAAACAUGUGACUCCUGUUCCCCUGAUACGCUUUUUCUGGAGAAAUGAGAAAUGCUAAAAGAUUUCCGUCUUAAAUCUUAGUCUAGCUUGCUUUACCUUAGUUCAGCCUCAAGUAGACCAGCUCCAUUGUUGGAGAUUUCUGGUUGACUUGAUCCAUGUUUGUCACAGAUUUCAUAGUGCUGCACAUGAAUAUUACUGGUUUAUUAGCAUCUGCCAAAUAGUUAAACAGAUAGGAGAGGCCCUUGGCGGUCUUAUACAUAAAAAUCCUGUGCAAAUGAGUUUUGAAAUUAGAACUCUUCUGGGUUUGAGUGUUCCUACAUACUUGUUAUCAAAUUCUGUUUACCUAAUUCUGAGGAAUAUGCGGGUAUUUAUUUCAAAGACAUACCUGUUGGCAUGCAGUAGGUACCUGCAAUGUUGAGGUAGAGUUCCCAUCUGCUAGAAGGCCACCAGUAUGCCGCAGAAAGGCUCAUAAGUCUGAGCUGCUACUUCAGACAGAAAAGGACUAGCCCUGGCACUUGUUGUACAUCUAGUUCUGAUCAAGAGAAUCUAUGUGGCUGGUACCAUCAAUGGCUUUUUGAUUAUCUAUUCUACCCUGAUUAUUUUCUGCAUAAUGGAUGAACUGCAACACCAGUUUGCCCCACAGCUGCUAGAUUUUUAGCCCAUGACCAAGUGCUGUUUUGUUCAUAGAUCACCUUUAACUGCCUGUUUAUGCUAUUUUCUGAAUAGUGUCUUUUAAGAAUAAUUCUGUUCCACCUAAGACAUUAUAUUGCAUCUUUUGGUUUCUUGAUCUACAUGUACUGACUACCAGCUCAGUAAUUUUUAUGUAGGUGUUGGAUUAACUGUGUAUAAAGGCAGAUCUGAAAAAAAGAACCAAUCCAAAAAUAUAGACCACUACCAGUACCUCCACUCCCCCCCUCAGAAAACCCUCAAUUACCUGUAUUUUUAUAUAAAGCUUUGCAACUAUAGUUACCAUAAAAUCAGAUUGGUUUAAAUGCAGUAUCUUGAAUUAUGAUAAACAGGACAGUGGCUCAGAUGCUUUUAACCUUUGCAAAGAGUGGUAUUGCAUUUGUUAUCUAAACUGCCUCUUUUUUUUUUUGUGAGUCUGCCCAUUAUUAAUGACUGACUUGACCCACUUCUUUGCAAUGAUUAGGAAGCAGCUUGUCUGGCAGUCUGCUACUGUGUUUUACUGGCAAUGUAGCGGUUACUGGGGGAGGGAUAAAAACCAACCCAAGCCUCCAGGUUUUUUAACAGCCUUCCUCGUAUAUCUUGGGCCCUUUUUAUUAAGCAGGAAAUAUAUCGUUUGUCCUUUUGUGCAUUGGAAGAACAUGCAGAAUGCUUCUUGGGCUGUGUUACUGCUUUAAGUGGCAUAACAGGAAGGAAAAACUCAAGCACUGUGUGAUCCUCUCCUAAAAUGAGAAUUUGUUAUGUGUCAUGGUGUUCCCCUUACCUAAUGCUGAAUUUUCUGUAGCGUACACCAAACCUGUACAGGUUCCCCUACUUGUAGCCAAGACAAGUAAGCACUUGUCACUAAAUGCUAAACCCAACACUGAAUAUUGAAUGUAAGCCUUAAACUAGGAUAUUUAUACACAUGUAAGUCUGUGUCCUGUUAGUUUCUUAGAUUUUUCAGAGUUUAGUGUAUUAGAAAUAAGGCAUUCUGUCCUGAAGUGUCUUACUACUUCAGAAAGUCAGUCACUAAUACAGUUUUGUUUAAUAUGGUCCUGCAACUUACUUUAUGUAGAUAAUGUAACUCUUCAGAAUUGAGAAGAAUGGGAUGUCUCAACAGAGGAAGAAUUUGUUGUCACUGCACUAAUUAGAGGCUAUUGCAGAUUUCACUGUUAAGAUGCUCUCACAUGUUUUAAAAUGACAGAUUUUAUACUUAUAGAAUUAACAUUACCUUCUGGUGUGGAACAAAUAGUUUUUCUAUUCUAAACAAGCAUUUUUUUAGCACUUCUUGGCACUGCUUCCAAGUUAAUCUUGUGAAAUUGAAGUAUUUUGCACUGGGAAUACUCAUGUGGGAUAUGCUGGCAAAUUUAACAGUGAUGUCUGUUCUACAACCAGUAUGGAAAGUAGCAUUCUACGUGGGGCUUCCUUAACCACCCAUGUGAAACUUUGUGUCCUAGGUUCUUACAGUGCUUCCCUACACAGGAGAUGGAUAGUGCAUUGUUGUGCUUAAGAUGUGCUUAUCUGGCUACUCCACUGCUUUAGUGAUGCUUUUGUGUGUGGCAGCUUUGGGAGGUGGCAGGCGCUAUGGUAGGUUACAGAUUUUCAUUCAUUUUCUGUGGCGGCCUCAAGCUUUUGUCAUGUUUUUAGUUUCUGGGGACUUCUACCACAUAUACAAAAUAGAAUGAAAAGUAUAAAGCAGGUAGUGAAUGCAACUAGUUAUCUUGGUCAUAGUGCUAAUUAGAGACAGCUUCUGGUUUCAUUGUUAGGUUCUCUAGAGCUGCUUUUUAGUGUUGAAGGAUUUUACUCACCUGUGUGAAUUUUCGUGAUCUGCUGGUCAUCCCAAGAGAUGACCAAAGGAUCAGUUAUGUUCUUUUAGAAUUUUUUCUUUUAAGUAUUCUUUCCAAUAUAUUUUUUUCUUUCAAAUAUUGUCACUAUAAUCCCACAGGAUGAGGAAGUUGAACUGUUGCUUCCUGCAAAUACAAAAUCAUCCUCUGAAGUAUGGGGAAAUAUGUAUUGUGUUUUUCCUGCUUCUUGUGUAAAUCAUUAACUCUCUUAGAGUGGAAAUUGUUUACUUUGUCAAGAACUACCUCCUGAGUUUGGCAAUAAUUGGCAAGUUACCCACUCCAGUGGAUUAAAUACAUUGGCUAAACACUGGGUUCUGCAGAGCUGGAUCUUUCAAUUUGCAAAUUCUUGACAUGAUGUCUGUAAACUACAGUGAUCAACCUUGUUUUGCUGUAAGACUCUCCUUGCCUUCAUAAGAUUCACUUCUUAAUCCUGUUUCAGAGAAGUGGAUUUGAGGAAAAAGGUCAGCAUUCUUUGUAGUUGGCUAAUAGAGGUGUAUUAUUCUAAGAGGCCAGGCGGGUAGACUCCCAGUUCUGUGAGUUCUUUAUCAUUAGGAGUGGGGAAGUAAGUACUUUAUCUAAUAGUUGCACACCUAUCACAGGGACUGGAAAUACAGAAACAGGUUUUUGCCACAUGAUUCAUGUCAAGGACUAGCCCUUUCAGAAAUCUGGAUUAAAGUGACAAAGACCAAAGGUGGAAACAAACCACUAAACCCCACCCCCAUUGAAUAUAUUGGAUGACUCCAGUCUGGGAUGGGGUUAAUUCUUGUAUUUUGUUGUUUUGAAGCACUUUUGUUUCAUGUUCUUUUAAUAAUGUUUUCUGAAAUGUUAAAUAUAAUUUUCUUAAUAAGCAAUGUAAAAAAGCAUGAUGAGCAGUCACAUAGCUUUAGCUUCACAAUAAAAUAUUUCAUUUGUCCUGUU